UGUGUGCAUGUGCACAUGCAUAUAUGGGUGGCGAAGGUACAUAACAAGUUACUAGGCGACUGUGCCCCCUGCUCACUGCACUCGCCAACCCCCCAGUCUCUUGGGGUAGGAAGGCCUGGUUCUCUCCCCAGCCAGUGGGAGCCUGGGCCUCUCAGUCUCCCCAUCUGCUGCAGCUAUCCCAGGCCUCUCAGCCCCCAUCUGAUCAGCGGAGAAGGGUCAGGACGGCGCAGACUGCGUUUUGAGGCAUUUCUGCACAGAAUCAGACAGAAUGCUGUGGAUAACGCCGAGAAAUACAUAACAGAGGAGAAUGUCAAGAUCUUGUUUUCCAACAUCGAAGACAUUCUUGAUGUUCACAAGGCGUUCUUGGCUGCCCUGGAAUUUUGUUUACAACCAGAACCUCAAUCUCAGCAUGAACUGGGAAAUGUUUUCUUAAAAUUUAAAGACAAGUUCUCUGUGUAUGAGGAGUAUUGCAGCAACCACGAGAAAGCACUCAGGCUUCUAAUGGAACUGAAUAAGAUUCCAGCAGUGAGAGCAUUCCUCUUGAGCUGCAUGCUUUUGGGAGGCAGAAAGACAACAGACAUUCCACUAGAAGGUUAUCUGCUGACACCAAUUCAGAGAAUUUGCAAAUAUCCACUGCUCCUAAAGGAGCUAGCUAAGAGGACUCCCUCUAAGCAUCCCGAUCACCAAGCGGUCCAGAACGCAUUGCAGGCAAUGAAGACCGUCUGCACCAAUAUCAAUGAAACCAAGAGGCAGAUGGAGAAGCUGGAAGCCCUUGAACAGUUGCAGUCCCACAUUGAAGGAUGGGAGGGGUCCAAUCUGACUGAUAUCUGCACACAACUCCUGCUCCAAGGGACACUGUGGACUCUGUUGAAAAUCUCACCAGGAAACAUCCAGGAGAGAACAUUCUUUCUGUUUGACAACCUUCUGGUCUACUGCAAGCGGAAAUCCAGAGUUGCUGGGAAAAAGGCAUCUAAACGUACCAAGUCAAUCAACGGAUCCCUCUAUAUCUUCAGGGGCCGAAUAAACACAGAGGUCAUGGAAGUGGAGAACGUUGAAGAUGGAACAGCAGAUUAUCACAGCCAUGGCUACACGGUGACUAAUGGCUGGAAGAUACACAAUACUGCCAAAAACAAAUGGUUUGUCUGCAUGGCCAAGACUGCGGAGGACAAACAGAAAUGGCUGGAUGCUAUAAUCAGGGAAAGGGAACAGAGAGAGAGUCUGAAACUGGGAAUGGAGAGGGAUGCGUACGUCAUGAUUGCGGAGAAAGGAGAGAAGCUGUAUCACAUGAUGAUGAACAAGAAAGUGAACCUUAUCAAAGACAGGAGGAGAAAAUUAAGCACUGUCCCGAAGUGCUUUCUUGGCAAUGAAUUUGUAUCCUGGCUCACGGAGAUUGGGGAGAUAAGCAAGCCAGAGGAAGGGGUCAACUUGGGACAAGCGCUGCUGGAAAAUGGCAUCAUUCAUCAUGUUUCAGAUAAGCACCACUUUAAGAAUGAGCAGGUGAUGUACAGGUUUCGGUAUGAUGACGGAACUUAUAAACCGAGAAGCGAAUUGGAAGAUAUCAUGUCCAAGGGUGUGAGGCUCUAUUGUCGACUGCACAGUCUUUACACGCCUGUAAUAAAAGACCGAGACUACCAUUUGAAGACCUACAAAUCAGUAAUCCCUGCCAGUAAACUAGUGGAUUGGCUGAUUGCACAGGGAGACUGUCAGACUCGGGAGGAAGCCGUCGCACUGGGUGUUGGACUGUGCAAUAAUGGUUUCAUGCAUCAUGUCCUGGAGAAGAGCGAAUUCAAGGAUGAAUCCCAAUAUUUCCGCUUUUAUGCUGAUGAGGAAAUGGAGGGUACAAGUUUCAAGAGCAAGCAGUUGCGUAAUGACUUCAAGCUCAUUGAAAACAUCCUAGCAAAGAACCUGCUGAUCUUACCAGGAGAGGAUGACUAUGGGUUUGACAUUGAAGAAAAGAACAAAGCAAUCGUGGUCAAGUCUGUUCAGCCAGGAUCUCAUGCAGAGAUGGCCAGCCUGCAGGUUGGAAGGAAGAUCUACUCGAUUAAUGAGGACCUGGUAUUUCUGCGUCCAUUUCAAGAAGUGGAGACCAUCUUAAACCAAUCUUUCUGCUCUCGUAGGCCACUUAGACUUCUGGUGGCCACCAAGUCUAAAGAAAUUAUAAAAAUCCCGGACUGUCAUGAAGCUCUAUGCUUUCAGAUACGGGGGGCAGCACCACCCUACAUCCGUGCUGUGGGCAGAGGUUCCAAGGCUGCAGCUGUGGGACUCCACUCAGGGCAGUGUAUUUUGAAAGUGAAUGGGAAUAAUAUGAUGAAUGAAAAUUACACUGAGGUCCUUGAGCACUUUACAGCAUACAGGACUGGAAAGGGCUUGUACCAGUGGGUGUACCGAACACAUGAAGAUGCUGAAGAGGCCAGAGCUCAGCAGUCAGCAUUUAAUGUGUACUUGAAUGGCAGCCAUCAUGAGCCCGACAAAGGACAGCUCUCCAUUGAAGGAAGUGGAGAACUGGAGCCCCUUCAUAAAAGCCAACAGGAAGCAGUCUCUCCGUUGAUCAUGAGCGAAGACAUGCCUCUCAUUAGCUUGACUGUGGAUAAUGUCCAUCUGGAGCACGCCGUGGUGUAUGAAUAUGUCAGCACUGCUGGGAUCAAGUGUUUUGUCUUGGAGAAAAUCGUAGAGCCGAAGGGUUGUUUCAAUCUGACUGCAAAGAUUUUACAAGCCUUUGCUGUGGACGACAGUCACUUUGUGAAGAACUGCAAGAGGCUCAUCUCCCAGAGCAGAGCUGUGGAGACCAUGCCUGAGUACGAUUUCCGGCAAACCUGUGACACUAAGCUGGAGAGUAUCUGCAAAAGGCUCACCAGCUACUACCAGUUUGCAGAUGAGCUCAAAACGAAGGUGAGCCCAGCCUUCAAACAAGCCACAAUGGAGCUUCACCCCUUCAACAGCAUGGAUUUCUGCCCCACCAACUGCCACAUUAACCUCAUGGAGGUGUCAUACCCCAAAAACACUACCUCAGCCGGAAGGUCGUUCAGCAUUCGCAUAGGACGGAAACCGUCUAUAAUUGGUCUUGAUCCGGAACAAGGUACUUUGAAUCCAGUCUCGUACACCCAGCAUUGCAUCACCACCAUGGCUGCACCAUCAUGGCGGUGCCUAAGCCCAGAAGAUGGAGAACCCAGCCCACACGAACAAUAUGAAGGUAGCUUUGGCCAACAGAAUGGGGGAGCAAACCAGGAGGAAAGGGGACUCAGCUUUCUGCUGAAACAAGAAGACCGGGAGAUACAGGACUCAUACCUUCAACUCUUUAAUAAGCUGGAGAUAGCAGUGAAGGAAAUGAAGCAAUACGUCAUUCAGAUAAAUAAGCUUUUAUCCACCAUAACAGAACCCACUGGCACAUGUGAUUCUCUGCCCACUGAGGAGACAUCCCCACCUUCCUUGGGAGCCGAAGAGAGCGACACUGACAAAGCUGAGCAUGGUGGGAUUAAGAAGGUUUGUUUCAAAGUUUCUGAAGAGGACCAGGAAGACUCAGGACAUGACACAAUGAGUUUCAGAGACUCCUACAGUGAGUGUAACAGUAACCGGGACUCUGUGCUCUCCUACACCAGUGUACGGAGUAACAGCUCUUACCUGGGCAGUGAUGAAAUGGGAUCAGGUGAUGAACUUCCCAGUGACAUGAGGAUUCCUUCAGACAAACAAGACAAACUCCAUGGCUGUCUGGAGCAUCUCUUUAACCAGGUGGAUGCUAUCAAUGCACUCCUCAAAGGAUCAGUCAUAUCCAAGGCCUUUGAAGAAACCAAGCACUUUCCUAUGGACAACAAUUUGCAAGAAUUUAAACAGAAAGAAGAAACCACAAUAAGAUGCCGGAAUAAUAUUCAAUUCAGUGUCCAAGAAGACCCCUGGAACCUUCCACUGAGUAUAAAGAACCUUGUUGAAACCAUUCAAAAACAUGUGGAAGAUGGGAAGAAUCAACUACUUCUGGCCUUGCUAAAAUGCACAGAUACUGAGCUGCAGUUGAGACGAGACGUCAUUUUCUGCCAAUCCCUCGUGGCUGCUAUUUGCACUUUUUCUGAGCAGUUGCUGGCUGCUCUCAGCUACAGAUACAACAACAACGGGGAGUAUGAAGAGAGCAGCAGAGAUGCCAGCAGGAAAUGGCUGGAGCAGAUAGCAGCCACUGGGGUUUUACUCCACUACCAGUCCCUGCUGUCCCCCAGCGUGGUAAGAGAGAUGCUAAAGACUGGGUCUCACAGCUUCACCAGGAAUGCUUGCCUCUCUCUUGGCCUCUUUAAGGCCUCACAUCUGGAUCAGAAGGGCAGGGCUCUGCUGGCUUGUGAAGACAUCUCAGUCACUCUGUCUGAGCUGGACAAGGUUGCCUUUUACUUCAAGGAGCUGGACGAAAGCCUAGUAGCAAACACUCCAGUCUUCUACCAGAUUGAAGGAAGUCGCCAGGCCUUGAAGAUUAUCUUUUACCUUGACAGCUACUACUUCUCCAAACUGCCAUCUCGUUUUCAGAAUGGGGGAAGCUUGAAGCUGCACACGGUGCUCUUUACAAAAGCUCUUGAAAGCCUGGAGAGCCAGUCACAGCCAGGUGACUCAUCUCUAGAAGAACUCCAGCAACAGAUUAAUGGAGCCUCACUUGAAAAAGUGCAGCAGUAUUAUCGCAAACUCAGGACAUUUUACCUUGAGAGAUCCAACUUGCCUACUGAUUCCAAUACAACAGCAGUGAAGAUUGACCAGCUUAUUCGCCCCAUUAAUGCAAUGGAUGAGCUGUGUAGACUGAUGAAGUCCUUCAUAAAUACAAAACCCCCCCAGUCGGGAUAUUCUAGUAGUAAUACAUCAGGAGCUGGGCUGCUGCCUAUAUCUUCAGAGCUUUGUUACCGGCUCGGAGCCUGUCAGAUUGCCAUGUGUGGCACUGGGAUGCAGAGAAGUACAUUGAGUGUGUCUCUGGAACAAGCAGCCAUCCUGGCUCGAAGUCAUGGACUUUUACCCAAAUGCAUCAUGCAAGCUACAGACAUCAUGAGAAAGCAAGGACCAAGGGUUGAAAUCUCUGCUAAAAAUCUUAAAGUGAUGGAUCAGAUGCCGCAGUCUGCACCCCGACUCUACAGGCUAUGUCAGCCACCUUUAGAUGGGGACUUAUAAAAAUGAAAGCAACACCCAUGUUAUGGAGUCAUUAAAGUAUUCAGCUGAAAUCAACCCUGACCAAGGACCCAUGACAACUGACACUGGUGGUGUUAAAUGGAGACGGGAGGAGAUGGUGCUGGGUGUCCUGUGUUCGGAAAGAGAGAUGAAUCUGCGAGGCCCGCCUGCUGAGAACUCCUACAGUAUAUGGGCAAAGAUUCUUAUUGGUUCCUUGGCUUAUUGGAGAAGUUCUCUUACCAUAAACACUGUAGAGCUGAGACAAAAGACGUGCCCCCUGCCCGAAUGGCCAGAAGGAAUGGCAAUUCCAUGUCAAGAAACUGCAACUUUACUAAGAAUUCAGCUAUGCUGCUGGCUGAAGUUGUGGCCUUCGAGUUAUGGAUCCAUAAAGCAAAAGCAAGAUGAAGCACAUCUACUCUCCCAGUAGUGUAUCUGGCAUCCAUUUAAUUGCCAGCAGAAUUUUGGUCAGUGGUCUCUUCUGUAAAAGCAUGAGGAAUACCACUGAGUUAACACACUGACCUGCACUUUUGAACCAGGAAUAACUCAAGUUUCUGGUUUAUUCACAUAUGAAUAUAAAGUUUCUCUUCUAGAGUCGUUUUCCUCCUCAGCCCAGUGAGAACCAAUCUCUGUAUGCUGCAGAGUACACAUUCCAUAAUACUUCUUACCAUUACUUCCUCUGACUUACAAUAGAGGUCAGGUUUGGGAUUAACAUUUUUUUACUAAUGGUCUAUUAUGUAUUCUGGAAAUACAAUAAUAUUUUACCAGAGAGUUUGGCAAUGAAGGAUUUUUUAGGAGAAAUUACAAAGAAAAUAAUUGCGGUCUUAUAGUCUGAUUAUUUGAGCAGAUGUAGUUUUUAAAAGAAGGUCAGAAGAACUAUAGUUAUUUAUGUGGAGUGGAGUAUUUGUUUUGGAUCAUGUUAUUAUAUAUACAAAAUUUAAAUAAAAAUUAUAUUGUUUAAAAUGGGACCAAUAUGCUGGCAAUUACACAGCUAAUCCCAGUUUACUGGAAACAAUUCUACAUUAUUUAAAAUCUUUCAGUAUUUAAGUAGUCGUUAAUACAGUUAUUAAAAUGUAUUAGAAAGGUUUUUAAGUUAAAAGAAAAAGGAAUCAUGUAUAUAAUGUACUUUAUUUUUUCCUGUUUCAAAAUUGUUCUCCAUUCUGUCAGUAUUAGCAUUUGUGCAGUAAUUUUCUCCAAAUUACUGAUACUCAUUGAGAAUGUCAGCAGUCUCAGGCCAGAAAUAAUGUUCUUUUGGAGUGAGUGCCUUAAUAAUGAUUCACCCAUAUCUAAUAAAAUUCAGCAGCACUGGAGGAACCUAACGUUAUUCUCUCUCACUGUAGAAAAGCCAUAGUAUCUUUUAAAACAAUUCAUUGUUAGGAGACUCCAGGAACUGUUUGGAGUGAUGUACAUUCUAGAGAAUGAAGGGUUGCUUUUGUUUGUUUGUUUUGGGUAGGGGGUUGGGGGAGGGAAGGAUUGUGUUAGUUUGUUUUUGUUCUGAACAGGGCAUUAAUGAACUCCAGUUUUAUUUAGUUAACAAGCCAACCAUCUCAAAUAUUAUGUUAAAAAUCAUCUCUUCUCACGUGGCUGUGAAGGUUUUCUUAAUUCGAUUUCUUCAGCUGGCACAAAAUUACUUACCACCAACUUUGAGGGGGUUGUAUAGGCUUCCUCAAUUAUUAAAUGUUUGAAAUAUUUUUGGUUUCCUUCAUUGUCAGACUGAGUGUUUUUGGGAGAGGGGACACACGCUUGCUUGUUUUAUUUCUUUUUAAGUAUUUCUUCUGACCCACCUCAGUCCACAGCAGAGGGCUCCUGUUACAUCCAAGACACAGGGGACAGUUACUGCAGUCAGAUGAGCAGAACACAUUGUUUCUAAGCAGUUGUGCUUCUUCAUAACCUUGGAAGAUCUAAUCUUGCCGUUUGCUGUUGAGAAGAAUCAUUUCUUGACAAAUGUCCCAACUUAAAAUUAACUAUAAUGAUAUCUAAAAAAAACCCUAUUGAAACACCCAAGAAAUAAAAACGUAGGGGCCAGUAUCCUCUUCUGGGGUAAAUCAGCACAGUUUUGUUGAAUUCAGUAGAUCUGAUUUAUACUGCCAGUUGAGAACCCUGUCCUACAUUUAUGCAGUUCAUACAGACCUUAAAGGCGCAUAGAAGAUGAUCUAAGGGCAUUUACACUGUGCACUGGUUUACAUUAAAAUGUAUGUGUUUUUCUCAUUAAAUACAUGCUAGAACAUUUUAUUAUUAAAAGUUGGUUUCUAUUACAAUGAAA